AGGAAGGACAUUUCAAUAUUUUAUUCAACUGGAAUAUUUUAAAAAAUAUAUCUUGAAUAGGAUUUCCAACCUUUGUGAUGAAAUGGUAAAUCUGUUUUUGCACAAUUCAUGUGAACUCCACAUUUGAGUACCCCUGUGUCCACAUUUAGGGACACUAUUGGUCUAAGUUGUACAUACAUUUACAUGUAGUUGAUGAAAAAAUACAUUAUUUACAACUAGUCAUGGCUUUGCGCACAGUAAAUUUUGGAGUUUAUUAUUAUUUAGUAAAAUAAUAUGUUUGAAAUAUAUCUUCACAGCAUAGCUAGAAUAACCUUUAGAGUAAAUAAUGUAACCGAAUAUCAUAUUGUUGUAUGGUGAAUAUCGAUGAUUAAUAACAUUUAAAUGGUUGCUAUACUAGAGUACAGUGUUGUCCAUCUAUUAAGGGACUUGCAAAACAGCAUGAUUUGAUUCUCAGUAACUAGAGAUUAAAAUGGGUGGUGUUUUAAUACCUGGAUUUUGUGUGUGUGCGUGUGUGUGUAUUUGUGUGUGUGAGUUGGGGGGUUGUUUUCUAUGGGUAUAAAAGGUGGUCCCCGUCCUCUUUGUCAAAUCAUACAUUAAGUGUCCAAGGAUCAGUGGUUGAUUGUGUUUGUGCGGCGAUAAUGGCUUUGUUCAUGGAUGCAAAUUUCUCAACAGUAAAGCAGGAACAGAAGGAAGAUGUAGUGGAUCUCAAAGAGUUAUUUGGGGAACAGGAACAAUGUAAAGAUGUGCACAGUGAGAGCAUCCCGCUCACCUCAGAGCUGGAUCGGUCUGGUAUCCUGAACGAGGGUCCGAGAAAGAGGAAGCGGACCAUCUUCAGCCGAGCUCAGUUGUCCGAGCUGGAGCAAGCCUUUGCCGUCACUCCUUAUCCAGACAUCACCCUCAGGGAGACCCUGGCUGCACACACACACCUGCCUGAGAGCAAGAUUCAGGUGUGGUUUCAAAACCGAAGAGCCCGAAGUAUCAAGACUGGGAGACUACCCAAGUCUACCAAACAUGUUGUGGCAAGUAGGGGACUUGCAGGAUCCACCUCUGGGGUGGUGACUUCAGCUUUUCCAUCCCCAUCCACCUUGGCAGACAUAUUUAGACCGGAGCAAAACCAACCCUGUGAAGACAUCCCACAAUUCUACUCUGACUGGUUCCAACUUUACAGCAAUCAGUCUACACCAUCCACUUCAACGCUCCACUCGCAGCCCACCCUUGGCUCCCCCAAACUAUCAGAGUCCCGUCUCUGGGAGGAGGAGUGGCAUCAGCGGCCACAACUCGGAUCGACCCUGCCUACUUUCCUUCCUGGUUCGUUGUCACAUCCCAUCACCAGGCAACAUCACCAUUCUGCGUCUAGCCACUCCUACCAGGCCCUCAGGAACCUCAAAGCCCAGAGCAUGGUUCAGUCUGGGGCGCAUCAGUCGCUAUACGGGGGUGAAGCUGGAGGUCACCUUUCUGUUGACCAAGUUGUUCCUUCUCACUCUCAGCCAGCGUACUGGGACGUAACUCAGGGCCAAAGACAUCACCACCAUCAUCAUCAACAUCACACACAAAUGGGACCACAGACAUCUAUGGGCUACAUCUCAGACCUUAUCUACAAUGCUGCUAUAGUUACCAACUUCCUGGAGUUUUGAUGAUGUGUAUUGUAAAAUUCAGUUAUUUUCCCCUUUAUGUCCUGUCUAAACACACCAAUGACACAAACUGAAGAAAACAUCAAAUGGUGUAUGUUGUUCUUCCUCUGGCCUUGUGUUAAUGUUCCAGUUGUCUUUUAGAUGUAGUCUGAGUUAAUUUCCACACAAAAAAUGUAAUACCAAAUGUCAUGACUAAGACACAACUUGAUGAACUUUAAAGUGGGCAAUAAAUUAUGGCAGAUUUAAUAAUAAAUACAUUAUCAUAUUGCUCUGCAACCUGCAAAAUUAAACUUUGAGUGGUAUUGGGUGACUUUCAAGUUGUUCCAAAACAUUUUCACAGUAAAUAAACUGAAGUAAAUUAAAACCCA